GAAUCCCGUGCAGUCUGAGGGAGAACAUCCAGCCCCCCCCGUCAGGUCUGACCCCGGCUCCCUGCAGCUGCCCUGUCUACUGCAGAUGGUUCUGCUCUAACCCACGUUUCCAUAACACCAACGGGACAAAACACAACUGAUGAGUUAGGGAACACGAUGUGGGCUGAAUUUCUUUCAGGGACUAGUCCCGCAGUAAUCAGGCUCCUUAAAAGAAACCACAGGCUGCUCGUUUCACCGGGGUGGACAGUAGGAGCUGAUCAGCGAUCGCUUCAGUCGAUGCCAGUUAAGCGGCCUUUGCCUACGUUCAGUAAGUCAAAUUUGUAGCCAUUAAUGGCGUCUUUUGAACUCCCUGCCGACUGUUAUUGCGAGUCAAACUCGGAGACGCUAAGUCUGCUUUCGCCAUUGACGGCAACGUUGUUACCUUAUCAAGUGCAGAGGUGAGCCGUGGUUCCGAGAGGCUCCUCCCAGUCCGCCACUGCAUCCAUCCGGCCCGGUUGAGCAAGAUAAGAGGACUCGGCUUCGCGCUCCCGCAGUACAUCGAGCGGCUGCAGCCGCCGAGCAUGGGUCGCGUCGCUGCGCUGCUCCGGCUACAGCUGCUCCUGUGCACCGGGCGGAUCGCGGCUUUCCAGCUGACCGUCCUGCACACCAACGACGUGCACGCCAGGGUGGAGGAGACCAGCGAGGACUCCAGCAAGUGCGUGUCCAAAUGUUUCGCCGGAGUGGCCCGGAGAUGGACGAAGAUCAAGGAGCUGCGUGGCAAGGAGCCCAACGUGCUGCUGCUGGAUGCGGGCGACCAGUACCAGGGCACCAUCUGGUUCAACUACUACAAGGGCACCGAGGCUGCACACUUCAUGAGGAAACUGAACUACGAUGUGAUGGCCUUGGGCAAUCAUGAAUUCGACAAUGGUCCAGACGGUCUUCUGGAGCCUUUUCUCAAGAACGUUUCAUUCCCAGUGCUGAGCGCAAAUCUAAAAGAAGAUAAAGACCAAGUACCGAGUCUCCGUGACUACUACAGACCUUCUGCUCUGAUCAGUGUGGGUGGGGAGAAGAUUGGUGUGGUUGGGUACACUUCCAAGUAUACUCCAACACUUUCUAGUCCAGGGCCACAUCUGAUCUUCGAGGAUGAGAUUCAAGCUGUGCAGCGGGAAGUCGACAACUUCAUAAAGAUGGGGGUUAACAAGAUCAUCGCACUGGGCCACUCAGGCUUCGAGACAGACAAACAAAUCGCACAGAAAGUGAAGGGGGUCGACGUGGUGGUGGGAGGACACAGUAACACCUUCCUGUACACAGGCAAGGCUCCUUCCAGCGAAGUCCCUGCUGGGCUGUACCCACAUAUGGUCACCUCAGACGAUGGUCAGAUGAUUCCUGUUGUACAGGCCUUUGCAUACGGAAAGUACCUUGGACAUCUGAAGCUGACUUUCAACCAGGAUGGUGUGGUGACCAAGGCAGAAGGAAACCCGAUACUGUUGGACAGCAGCAUUCCUGAGGAUAAGGAGAUUCUGGCCGACGUUGACAGUUGGAAAAAAGCCCUGGCCAAUUUUGGAAAGGAAUACAUUGGACGGACUUUGGUCUACCUGGACGGAACUACUAAGUCUUGUCGGAAUCAGGAAUGCAACAUGGGGAAUUUGAUCUGUGAUGCUAUGAUCCGCGAGAGUGUCCGAAAACCAGAUGAAAAGUUUUGGAGCCACGUUUCCAUUUGUAUGACACAAGGUGGAGGCAUCCGGGCACCCAUUAAUGAACAAUCCGACAAUGGGAGGAUACAAAUGGAUAGCCUGAUGUCAGUUUUACCGUUCGGAAGCACCGUUGACCUGCUGGAGGUCAAAGGGUCUACAAUACGGGCAGCUUUUGAGCAUUCGGUCAGAAGAUAUGGAUCGAACACCGGCGAGUUCCUGCAGGUCUCUGGUAUCCGGGUGGAAUUUAACCUGAAGAGACCUCCGGGCUCCCGAGUGGUCAAACUCAACGUGCUGUGCGCAGACUGCCGAGUGCCCCAGUACCAACCGCUCCUUGAUACCAAGACCUACAAAAUCGUCACCAGCUCCUACAUCGCCAACGGGGGGGAUGGAUUUGCCAUGCUGAAGGAUGGGGCACUGAAACACGAUACCGGCAACACAGAUAUUUCGGUGGUUUCCAGUUACAUGAAGCGGCUGCAGGUAGUUUACCCUGCAGUGGAAGGGCGAAUCUUAUUCACGGAUAAUGGUGGGACCCGUCCCGGUGGUAACUUGACCUUCGCAUUAUCGCUCUUCUCAUUCCUGGCUUGGUCCUUACAAUUUUAGCGAUUCAGUGCAGCUGCUGUAGAACUGUUCAGUGAACUUCUUGAGAAAUGUUCAAUGUGAUUUUGACUCCUAUUCGACUUCUAUUUAAGCCAUUGGCGGGUUGAUCCCAAACCCGACCUGACACCAUCCAAUCAUCGAACUCAAUCAUAGAACCGUAAUUUAUUUUCUUGGCCUCUCCCUCACCCUCAUUGACCGAAGGAUGUUCAGAAGCACUUUACAGCCUUUAUGGUGCUACCAGAAACCUGCCUCUAUGCUGAUGGUGGAAUACAGCAGCCAGCCUGCCCGCUGAGUUGACGGGGUGACCGGAUAGCUUGGCAUUUCGUGUUCGGAGAGGUUUGAGUGUCAAGUUUCCAUGAUGGUUAUUCCUUUUGCCAUUCUGCGCUGUGAAAUGGGAUCAUUGCGGCAGUUCACGUCAUCUCGAAGCAGCGGCCGUGAUGGUGCAGGUUCCAUUCUCUUCCCACAGGGCAGCAUCAGCCUGAACUUGCUCUUUUCACAGAGCUCCUGAUACAGGAAGGAAAUGUACUGACAUCAAGCUACUACCGACAGCGCUGUGUCUUUGCAAAAAGAAUCCAUUGUUUCUGAAUGUACAGCCUUGUUUUUCACAGUAUCCUUGUGUCAGGACUGUGAGUGUUGGAACCCGCAGAACGUACUGAUCACAGAACUCCUUGUCAUUGAUUAUCGACCCCUGAGUUCACAAAAGGGAUGUUCCUUCCUUUGAAAUCAAGACACUUUAAUCAAAGCAAAAGAGCAAUAAUUUACAAAAGGCACAUGUAGAUAAAUGGAAAUUAUUUUUGGAGCAGGGAAAAUAACGGUUUUAUUUUGAAAUGGGUUGAUGUCUUUGAUCAGCAUGAAUGAAUGAAUUACAACAUAAAAUAUAAUAUAAUGCAAUUUUAUAUAAUUCAAUAAAAUUUUUCAAGCA